UCCAUAGGGCCGUGCGAAGCAGAGAUCAUGUCUCCUCUCCCCCCACCCUUUUUCCUCCCUUCACUCUCAGUGCCCCAAGGGAAGGGCGCUGCCCCGGGGCGAACAAAGCGGGGGGAGACAAAGGCAGCGGUAGGAGAGAACGGGGACCGAGAGAGGAGGGGAAAAAGCAGCGCCGGAGCGCGGCAGGGGGAGCGGUUCCCGCUGCUGCAGUCCCCGCCUCGCGGAGCCUCGGGCCCGGCAGACGUUGUCCGCCCGCCCCGCCCCGCCUCCCGCCCGCCGAGCUGAGCCGGGAGCGGCGCCGCAGAGGGGCAGGAGGAGGCGGCGGAGGGGAAGCGGAGGCGGCGGUGGCGGCGCGCAGGCAGCGGUUUACUCUAGAGUUGGAAGACAGAGACGGAUAUAUUGUACCCAUGUUGGGAAAAAGGUAGUUGCUGUAGAUAAUAGGAUUAACGCUGGUAUCACAGAAAAAUGAGUAUGUUAAAGCCAAGUGGACUUAAGGCUCCAUCAAAGACCAUCAAGCAUGGAAGUACCUUACUGAAAACACCUGCAUCUGUUGCAACUGCUCCAGCAGAAAAAGCACCUUCUAGUGAAAAGGCCUCAAGCACAACCGCUGCAGACACACAUGAUGACUUUGUGGAUGAUUUCAGAGUUGGGGAGCGUGUUUGGGUCAAUGGAAAUAAACCUGGCUUUAUUCAGUUCCUUGGUGAAACACAGUUUGCUCCAGGACAGUGGGCAGGGAUUGUUCUUGAUGAACCAAUUGGUAAAAACGAUGGCUCUGUGGCUGGAGUUCGCUAUUUCCAGUGUGAACCCUUGAGGGGAAUAUUUACAAGACCAUCAAAAUUGACAAGAAAAGUGCUGACAGAAGAUGAAGCCAAUGGUACUCAGACAGCUCAUGCAUCUAGAGCUACAUCACCAACUUCCACAUCAACUGCUAGCGUGGUGUCCAUGUCCCCUGCUGCACUUCCCCCAUCAGGAAUUCCACAGAAAACAUCACCACUUGCUGCUAAAGAACAUUCAACUCCUUCUCAGUUUAGCAAUCUUUCAAAAACUGCAAGUGGAUCUAUAUCAAAUCUGUCUGAAGCUGGAUCAUUAAAGAAGGGAGAAAGGGAGCUCAAAAUUGGAGAUCGAGUUCUGGUUGGUGGAACAAAAGCUGGAGUUGUGCGUUUCUUGGGAGAAACUGACUUUGCUAAAGGAGAAUGGUGUGGAGUAGAGCUGGAUGAACCUCUGGGAAAGAAUGAUGGAGCUGUUGCUGGGACAAGAUACUUCCAGUGUCAGCCAAAAUACGGUUUGUUUGCUCCGGUCCACAAAGUUACCAAGAUUGGAUUCCCAUCAACUACACCGGCAAAAGCGAAGACAACCGUGCGAAAAGUGGUUGCGACUCCUACAGCCCUGAAACGCAGCCCCAGUGCAUCUUCCCUGAGCUCUCUCAGUUCUGUGGCAUCUUCAGUAAGCAGCAAGCCAAGCCGUACAGGACUAUUGACAGAAACAUCCUCCCGGUAUGCAAGAAAGAUUUCUGGUACCACAGCCCUGCAGGAGGCACUGAAGGAGAAGCAGCAACAUAUAGAACAGCUCCUGGCAGAAAGGGACCUGGAGAGGGCAGAAGUUGCAAAAGCAACCACUCACGUGGGGGAAAUAGAGCAGGAAUUAGCACUUGUUCGAGAUGGACACGAUCGGCAUGUACUGGAGAUGGAAGCAAAAAUGGACCAGCUGCGAGCUAUGGUGGAGGCUGCUGAUAGGGAGAAAGUGGAGCUCCUCAAUCAGCUCGAGGAAGAGAAAAGGAAGGUUGAAGAUCUUCAGUUCCGAGUGGAAGAAGAAUCCAUUACCAAAGGAGACCUAGAGACGCAGACCAAACUGGAGCAUGCCCGCAUUAAGGAGCUUGAACAGAGCCUGCUCUUUGAAAAGACCAAAGCUGACAAACUCCAGAGGGAGUUAGAAGACACUAGGGUGGCUACAGUAUCAGAAAAAUCUCGCAUCAUGGAACUAGAAAGAGAUCUAGCAUUGCGGGUGAAGGAAGUAGCUGAGCUCCGAGGGAGAUUAGAGUCUAGUAAACACAUUGAUGAUGUGGAUACUUCUCUUUCAUUGUUACAAGAAAUAAGUUCUUUGCAAGAAAAAAUGGCAGCAGCUGGCAAAGAGCAUCAGCGCGAGAUGAGCUCUCUGAAAGAGAAGUUUGAAAUCAGUGAAGAAGCGCUGCGGAAAGAGAUCAAAUCACUUGCAGCUUCAAAUGAGAGAAUGGGAAAAGAAAACGAAUCAUUGAAAACUAAGCUUGAUCAUGCCAACAAAGAGAAUUCAGAUGUAAUAGAGCUGUGGAAAUCGAAGCUGGAAUCUGCAAUUGCCUCCCAUCAGCAAGCAAUGGAAGAACUGAAAGUUUCUUUCAGCAAAGGUGUAGGGGCUCAGACAGCAGAAUUUGCAGAGUUAAAAACUCAGAUGGAGAAGGUUAAAUUAGACUAUGAAAAUGAAAUGUCGAAUUUAAAACUGAAGCAGGAAAAUGAAAAAUCUCAUCAUUUAAAGGAAAUUGAAGCACUGAAGGCAAAAUUGCUGGCGGUCACAGAGGAGAAAGAGCAAACCCUGGAAAACCUGAAGACCAAACUGGAAAGUGUGGAAGAUCAGCAUCUAGUAGAAAUGGAAGACACUUUAAACAAAUUACAGGAAGCUGAGAUAAAGGUAAAGGAGCUAGAAACACUGCAAGCCAAGUGCAAUGAACAAACCAAAAUUAUUGGUAGUCUUACACAAAAGAUCAAAGCUUCUGAAGAAAAGCUUUUGGACCUUGCUGCACUUGAGAAAGCCAAUUCUGAAGGUAAAUUGGAAAUCCAGAGACUUAGCGAGCAGCUUGAGGCAGCAGAGAAACAGAUACAGAAUUUAGAGGCUGAAAAGGUUGAUGGAAGUAGCAAGGCUAGUAAUCUGGCCAAAGAACUGCAGGGCAAAGAGCAAAAGCUUCUUGACCUUGAGAAAAACUUGAGUGCAGUAAAUCAAGUUAAAGAUUCUUUGGAAAAGGAACUUCAACUUUUGAAAGAAAAGUUUACUAGUGCAGCUGAUGGAGCAGAAAAUGCUCAACGCACUAUGCAAGAAACAAUAAAAAAACUAAACCAAAAAGAAGAACAGUUUGCACUCAUGUCUUCAGAACUGGAACAACUGAAGUCUAAUUUGACUGUGAUGGAGAAUAAACUGAAGGAGAGAGAAGAGAGAGAACAGCAACUGACUGAAGCUAAAGCCAAACUAGAAAAUGAUAUUGCAGAGAUCAUGAAGUCAUCAGGAGACAGCUCUGCCCAGCUUAUGAAAAUGAAUGAUGAGCUACGCUUAAAAGAAAGGCAGUUGGAGCAAAUACAACUCGAGCUUACAAAAGCAAAUGAAAAGACUGUUCAGCUUCAGAAAAACGUGGAGCAGACAGCACAGAAAGCUGAGCAGAGUCAGCAAGAAACUCUCAAGACUCAUCAAGAAGAGCUGAAAAAAAUGCAGGAUCAACUAAUGGACAUGAAAAAGCAAAUGGAGACCAGUCAAAAUCAGUAUAAGGAUCUUCAGGCGAAGUAUGAAAAAGAAACUUCUGAGAUGAUCACUAAACAUGAUGCAGAUAUCAAAGGGUUUAAGCAGAACUUGCUGGAUGCAGAAGAGGCACUGAAAACUGCACAAAAGAAAAAUGAUGAGUUGGAAACACAGGCUGAGGAGCUGAAAAAGCAAGCAGAACAGGCUAAAUCUUUAAGCUCUGUGUUAGCAUCAGCCAGAAAAGAGAUUGAACUAAUGUCAGACAAGAUGAGGGAUUUAAUAUCAGAAAAAGAGACUCUGGCACAGGCGGGGAAUACUCUAAAAUUAGAGAGAGAGUCAUUGUUAUCACAGCUUCUAGAGUUGGAGUCAAAGAUUUUGUUAGUUCAGCAAGACCGAGAAGAGCUUUGGACAAUAAAUGAAGAACUUAAUUCAGAAAAUAAAAAAAUUCUAAAGCAGAAAGAAGAAGCUGAGGCCAAAAGUCAUCAGGAAAGCACAGAAAAGGUAGCGCUGAUUUCUGAGAGAAGCAAAUUGCUCUCUGAAGUAGAGACAGCACAGGCAGAUCUUCUGAAGGCAACUCAAGAAAAUGAUGCUCUCCGGUCUUCAGAGUCAACCUUGCUCCAACAGUUGAAAGAACUUCAGGCCAAAAAGGAUGCAAUGGAUGUGGCAUAUCAGAAACAUAUCAAGGAACGGGAAGAGCUGGAAUAUUAUCAGAAGAAGCUUUUGGAGGAGAAUGACGUAGUCAUUAAAGAUAAACAUGAUGUCAUUCAGAAGCUGCAAAGUUCUUAUGAUGACCUGGCUAGAAAUCAACAAGAGCUACUACAAGAAGUGUCCACUCUGACUGCAGAGAGAGAUUCAGCCCAGGAAAAACACCUGGAUCUUAAAAGUACACAUAUAGCCUUAAAAAAUGAAAUUGACUGUCUGUUGCAGACAAAUCAGAGUCUGCAGUCUGAGAAAGAGAUGCUCCUUAAAAGCAGAGAAGAGCUGUGUGUGAGUUUAGCCAAUUCUGUUAGUGAAAACCAGGUAUUAAAAGUGAGAAGAGAAGAGAUGCAAGCAGAACUAGAGACUCAGCAUGAGAAACUUGAAAAGAUGACAAAAGACAAUAUGGAGUUGAAGGCUUCCCUUUCUAGUCUCUCUAAUUUUCUUGAGGAAAUGAAAUCCUCCGCAGAGGCAUCUAACUCUGAACGUAUUCACUUGCUUCAAGAGAAAGAGGCCCUUUUUUUAUCAGAACAAAGGCUUUUGGCUGAAAGGGAGGAACUUCUAAAUGAAAAUAAGACGAUUACUGAAAAGCUCGCUAAGGCUACAGCAGAUGCUGUGCUUGCUGAGAGAGCCUUCACUGAGAAAAUAAAUGAAUUGAACUUGGAAAAGGAAUCUGUUUUUUCUAAGACACUGCAGUUUGAAAAGCACAGUGAAGCUCUUCUGCAAGAGAAGGAUGAGUUGGAGAGAAAAUACUCUGAGCUUCUUGAUGAGAAGAAGUCUUUUGAAAACGCAGUUUCUGAUAUGAAGAGAGAACAGGAGCUGGAGUUCUCAGCCAAGAGAGUUCUGGUCCAAGAGAAUACCACACUCAAAGAUUCCAUUGAAGCUCUCGAGGAAGAACUAAAGAAGAAGAAUCUAGAAAAUCAAGAGCUCAUAGCCUGUAAAUCUGACCUUUCAGAUCUUCUGAAGGAGGCCCAGGAUGCCAAAAGAACAUUAGAAGACGAACUGGCUGCUGUAGCACAUGCCAAGCAGGACCUGUCAUCUUCAUUCAAGACCUGUUCCUCUGAUAUAGAAAUACUGACCAGAGAGAGGACUGAAUUACAAGAUAAGUGCCAGAAAUUACAUGGAGAGGUUGAGAAUAUGAAAGAAAACUUAACCGUAGAAAAGAAAGCUAGAAUAUUGGAUAAGGAGUCAUUUCUGUUGGAACGUAUGGAGCUACAAAACAACAUUUGUUUCUUAGAGAAGGAAAUGGAAGUGAUGAGAGAGAAAAAUAAAGAAUUUCUGACUGAGAAAGAGCUUUUGGUUCGGGAAAAAGAAAAAUCCGAAGCUAAACUGGAGGAAGUAAUUAAAGAAAAAAAAGUCCUCUGUACAGAGACAGAGCAGCUGGCUUCCAAAAUAGAGCAACUGAAGAGUGACUUUACUUCCCUGUCUGUAUCAAAAGCAGAGCUUGAGGACUUGCACGGCUGUGUCUCCAAGAUGCUAGAUGAACUUCAGCACAAAUAUGAGGUGACUGAGAAGGAGAAAAUGGAGGUAGUUCAGGAAAAUGAAAGUCUGCAUGCUGAGUGGAAGAGUCUGGUCAUCAUAAAUGAAGAAAUACUAAAAGAGAAGGAGAAAUUGUCCAAGGACUAUUACAAACUGCAUGAGAAAGUAGUAGCGCUUCUAGAGCAAAAUGAUGCAGACUUCUCAUGCAAACUGCUGGUCUCUGGGGAAAAACACGAGCUGCUGCUGGAGGAGAUGAGCAAUCUGGCUUUGAAACUAAGAGAAAUAGAGACUCUUCGGGCCCAAACAUUUAUGCAAAAAUUUGAGGUAUUGAAAUACGUAAACAAUCAAGUAUGGUAGUACUAAUACUCAGCACUAACUCAAUGGUUUCCUCUCUGCACUUCAUUGCACAAUCAGCACUUCACCUCCGUAUGAACAGGCUGGAGUUUUGUUCUCAUUACCUUGGAUUUUUUCAGGUUGUGAGUCUGAAGGACAUUUCAAUUAUAACAUCAAUUUUUAAAUAAUUUCUAAAUAUAGGAGCCUAUGUUGUUGCUGAAUGUUGCAAGAAAACAGCAUAAACUGUGAAUAAAAGGAAGUUUUGUUUUCUGAAUCUAGUAGGAAAACUGGGCAGCUCCUCUGUCAAAGUACUUUGCAGCUUAAGAGCUAGAGGAGGAGUUGCAGCAAACUACAACUCUGAGGUACACCAAAACCAUACAACAGCAUACUGCUCCUGUAAAUGGCACUGCGUUAAAAAAACAAUGCAGGAGAACUGUUUCAAUUUGCAAUAUAAGACUUCCAGAUAUUAGCAUCCAUUGUGUUCUUUUUAUUCACAGAAGUGUUUUGUAUUCACCGCCAACAAAUUCUGAAUAGUAUUUUGAAUUUUACUUUGGCUUGAAGCCAAAUGAUAAAAUCAUUUUUAAUGCAAAAAGGAUUCAAGAUAUCCUACAGGAAUGCAUUAUGCCUGCCUAGAUAUUAAAAUAUGCUUAUGAAGUAUUUCAUUUUAUGAGGGCAUAAUAAACAACACUAAAACAAUUUGAUAAUUGGCUUUAUUUCCUAUUUAAUUUUUAAUUUAUUCUCACAUUUUUAGCAUUUUUUUUAAUAAUUUCACAUUUUCUGAAAAUAGAGCGGUCUGUUGGAAGUGAAUAUCUACUGAACUACUACUCUCUAAAGUGUUCAGAAAUCUAAGAGCAAUCAAAGCAGUGGUAAAUAGAAAUCCAGGUAAUUAAAAAGAAGAAAUGUGCUUCCUCAGUGGUGACACAAGUAUGAGAUUCCAAUCGAUUUCUGCAUGGAAUUGAAUUUACUCAUGUCCACUUAUUAUUAUACUUUAUGCAGCUUCAGAAUGCAAGUAAAUUCCCAGUUGGAGUCCUUGUUUAAUUGGAAAGCAGCUGGCAAACAGUGGAGCUGUGCAUAAAGUACUGUGGUUCCUCUUUUGCUUUCACGUGUCUCACUGGUAAUACUUUCUUCCGUU